GCGCAGAGGCUGCUGGCGCACCGGAGACCACAGAAAUCCUUCUUCGAGACGCUCAUCAGGAGCCUGAUCAUCUUGUGCGUGGCCAUAGCGGUGGUCUUGUCGUCCAUCUCCGUCUGCGAUGGCCGCUGGCUCUUCGCGAGGGGGCAGCUCUUCGGACUGUGGCACUUCUGCACCGUUAGCAACAGCAGCGUCCUGAAGUGCGUCACUGACCUCAGCCUGGCCAAGGUGGAGGGGCUGAGCGUGGGCAUGAUUCCCAUAAGAAGCAUGGUGUCCUUUGCCGUUGUGGUCGCCAUAUUUGGCCUGGAGCUGCUGAUGGUGUCGCAAGUCUGCGAGGAUGCCAAUGCAAGGCGGAAGUGGUCAAUGGGCUCGGUGUUCAUCCUCGUCUCGUUUUUGCUGUCGGCCACCGGGGUUCUGAGCUUCUCCAUUGUCAUGAAGGAUCAUCUCACCUUCACGGGCUUCACGCUAACGUACUGGUGCGAGUUCAUCGCUGCCUUUCUGUUCUUCCUCAACGGCAUCAGUGGACUUCACAUCAACAGCCUCACGCACCCCAGGAACAGGAUAGGCAAAAUCUAG